AGAAGAAUUGUGAGGGAAUAUAAACAGAAGAAACAGUUUACUUCUCCCAAGAAAACAGGGCCAAAAAUUACAGUUUUGGACAAGAUGGAUGAGUUCGACUUCGCUGCCAUACGACGUAUGGUUCAUCAAUUUUUCCAUCGCAAUGAGGCACCAACAAUUCAAAAGAUUCUUCAAGUUAUCAAUGACAGUCCUGACUUGCCAAACCUGUCAGCAACCAGCUUGCGUUUGAUUCUCAAACAUUUAAAUUUCAAGUAUGCAAGUCGUAAACGUCGCAGCUGCUUAAUUGAUCGGGAUGACAUAAGAAAUUGGAGAAAACGAUACUUGCAGAAGAUAAAGCAGUAUCGGCUGGAAGGAAGACCCAUAUAUUAUCAAGAUGAUACCUGGGUUAACGAAGGGCAUACGCAAUCAAAGGUUUGGCAAGAUACUCAGAUUCAGUCAUCGCGACAAGCAUUCAUGGAGGGUCUUUCAACAGGGCUACGGGCACCAAGCGGGAAGGGUAGAAGACUAAUAAUAAGUCAUAUUGGCAGUGAGGACGGCUUCUUGGAAGGAGGACUCCUACUGUUUGAGUAAAAAAAAAAAUA